GUUGUCCAUUAACCUGCCUGUGUGAGCAUCAGAAACAUGGCGGAAAGCGAGUUGAACGUUGACAGCCUCAUCUCUAGAUUACUGGAAGUGCGAGGAUGCCGUCCAGGGAAGAUCGUACAGAUGACAGAGGCUGAGGUGCGGGGGCUCUGCAUCAAGUCCAGAGAGAUUUUCCUCAGUCAGCCAAUUCUUCUUGAACUUGAGGCUCCACUCAAAAUCUGUGGUGAUAUCCAUGGGCAGUACACAGACUUGUUAAGGCUAUUCGAGUAUGGAGGUUUUCCGCCAGAGGCCAACUAUCUGUUCCUGGGAGAUUACGUGGAUAGAGGGAAGCAGUCAUUAGAGACCAUUUGCCUUCUGCUCGCUUACAAGAUCAAAUAUCCAGAAAACUUCUUCUUGCUCAGAGGGAACCACGAGUGUGCCUCCAUCAAUCGCAUCUACGGCUUCUAUGACGAAUGCAAACGCAGGUUCAACAUAAAGCUCUGGAAGACAUUCACAGACUGUUUUAACUGUCUGCCCAUUGCUGCGAUUAUUGAUGAGAAGAUUUUCUGCUGUCACGGAGGACUGUCACCUGAUCUGCAGUCCAUGGAACAAAUCCGACGUAUUAUGAGACCCACUGAUGUCCCAGACACAGGCUUGCUGUGCGACCUGCUGUGGUCUGAUCCAGACAAAGAUGUCCAGGGCUGGGGUGAAAAUGAUCGGGGCGUCUCCUUCACCUUUGGGGCUGAUGUGGUCAGCAAGUUCCUCAACCGCCAUGACUUGGACCUCAUCUGUCGAGCACAUCAGGUUGUUGAGGACGGUUAUGAGUUCUUUGCAAAGCGGCAGCUGGUGACCCUGUUUUCUGCUCCCAAUUACUGUGGGGAGUUUGACAAUGCAGGCGGCAUGAUGAGCGUGGACGAAUCGCUCAUGUGUUCUUUUCAGAUCCUGAAGCCGUCAGAGAAAAAAGCUAAGUAUCAGUAUGGAGGGGUGAAUUCAGGACGCCCGGUCACCCCACCUCGUACCACUCAGGCACCUAAAAAGAGGUGAGCAGCUGGUCCCCA